AUGAGCAUGAGAGUUGCAGCGUUUGUAAAACGACACGCUCUACAGUAUUCAGUGAGAGUUGCAGCGUUUUUAAAACGACACGCUCUACAGUAUUCAGUGAGAGAUGCAGCGUUUGUAAAACGACACGCUCUACAGUAUUCAGUGAGAGUUGCAGCGUUUGUAAAACGACACGCUCUACAGUAUUCAGUGAGAGUUGCAGCGUUUUUAAAACGACACGCUCUACAGUAUUCAGUGAGAGUUGCAGCGUUUUUAAAACGACACGCUCUACAGUAUUCAGUGAGAGUUGCAGCGUUUGUAAAACGACACGCUCUACAGUAUUCAGUGAGAGAUGCAGCGUUUUCAAAACGACACGCUCUACAGUAUUCAGUGAGAGACGCAGCGUUUGUAAAACGACACGCUCUACAGUAUUCAGUGAGAGUUGCAGCGUUUGUAAAACGACACGCUCUACAGUAUUCAGUGAGAGUUGCAGCGUUUGUAAAACGACACGCUCUACAGUAUUCAGUGAGAGAUGCAGCGUUUUCAAAACGACACGCUCUACAGUAUUCAGUGAGAGACGCAGCGUUUGUAAAACGACACGCUCUACAGUAUUCAGUGAGAGACGCAGCGUUUUCUAAACGACACGCUCUACAGUAUUCAGUGAGAGUUGCAGCGUCUGUAAAACGACACGCUCUACAGUAUUCAGUGAGAGAUGCGUUUUUAAAACGACACGCUCUACAGUAUUCAGUGAGAGAUGCAGCGUUUUUAGAACGACACGCUCUACAGUAUUCAGUGAGAGAUGCAGCGUUUUUAAAACGACACGCUCUACAGUAUUCAGUGAGAGAUGCAGCGUUUUUAAAACGACACGCUCUACAGUAUUCAGUGAGAGAUGCAGCGUUUUCAAAACGACACGCUCUACAGUAUUCAGUGAGAGUUGCAGCGUAUGUAAAACGACACGCUCUACAGUAUUCAGUGAGAGAUGCAGCGUUUGUAAAACGACACGCUCUACAGUAUUCAGUGAGAGACGCAGCGUUUGUAAAACGACACGCUCUACAGUAUUCAUAUUCAGUGAGAGUUGCAGCGUAUGUAAAACGACACGCUCUACAGUAUUCAGUGAGAGAUGCAGCGUUUGUAAAACGACACGCUCUACAGUAUUCGGUGAGAGACGCAGCGUUUGUAAAACGACACGCUCUACAGUAUUCGGUGAGAGACGCAGCGUUUUCUAAACGACACGCUCUACAGUAUUCAGUGAGAGUUGCAGCGUCUGUAAAACGACACGCUCUACAGUAUUCAGUGAGAGAUGCAGCGUUUUUAAAACGACACGCUCUACAGUAUUCAGUGAGAGACGCAGCGUUUUCUAAACGACACGCUCUACAGUAUUCAGUGAGAGUUGCAGCGUCUGUAAAACGACACGCUCUACAGUAUUCAGUGAGAGAUGCAGCGUUUUUAAAACGACACGCUCUACAGUAUUCAGUGAGAGAUGCAGCGUUUUUAGAACGACACGCUCUACAGUAUUCAGUGAGAGAUGCAGCGUUUUUAAAACGACACGCUCUACAGUAUUCAGUGAGAGAUGCAGCGUUUUCAAAACGACACGCUCUACAGUAUUCAGUGAGAGUUGCAGCGUAUGUAAAACGACAUGCUCUACAGUAUUCAGUGAGAGAUGCAGCGUUUGUAAAACGACACGCUCUACAGUAUUCAGUGAGAGACGCAGCGUUUGUAAAACGACAUGCUCUACAGUAUUCAGUGAGAGAUGCAGCGUUGCAGCGUAUGUAA